UGCGCGCUGUUGGCAUCCUCUUCCCUAGCACAAUGGAAAAGAAGCUAAGAUGGGAGAGUCUCCCUGUACAUAAAAAAUAAUUACAUGGGCCCAAAGUUGGGAAUGCCGUUGACAUUUUGCCCGUGCAAAGAAACGAGGAAUGGAUUAUUCUUCCACGGACUCAUAUCGUGAGAAAGCCAUCGUGUGAUCGUAGAGGAUAUUUGGGAAAAGGAGGUGUCGAGACUGACAGAGGAGAGCUGUUUAUUUUUGGGGGGGUCUUCGAGCGACCGAGACUGCGAAAAAGAGGAGAAGAGGAGCAUUUGGACAGACAGGGGGAUACGACAGGGCCUGGAUUUGCACGGCUCAGGGCGCCUGUUGCCCGAACUCCGACAGACCGACAGACAUGGCUCAUCUCCGCGAGAUUCGGAACCAGAACUCGCGUCUGGACCCGGAGGAGUACUUCACCAAGCUGGAGCGUAUCGGUAAGGGCUCCUUCGGCGAGGUCUACAAGGGCAUCAACAACCGCACCAAGGAGGUGGUGGCCAUCAAGAUCAUCGACCUGGAGGAGGCCGAGGACGAGAUCGAGGACAUCCAGCAGGAGAUCACCGUCCUCAGCCAGUGCGACAGCCCCUUCGUCACCAAGUACUUUGGAUCAUAUCUCAAGGGCACGAAGUUAUGGAUCAUUAUGGAGUAUCUGGGUGGGGGCUCUGCCCUGGACUUGCUGAAGCCUGGUCCUUUAGAAGAAGCCUAUAUCUCCACUAUCAUCCGUGAGAUCUUGAAAGGCUUGGACUACCUGCACUCAGAGAGGAAGAUACACCGCGACAUCAAAGCUGCCAACGUGCUGCUGUCGGAGCAUGGGGAGGUGAAGCUGGCGGACUUUGGAGUGGCGGGUCAGCUGACCGACACGCAGAUCAAGCGCAACACCUUCGUGGGCACGCCGUUCUGGAUGGCACCAGAGGUCAUCAAGCAGUCUGCAUAUGACUUUAAGGCGGACAUCUGGUCUCUGGGCAUCACGGCGAUAGAGCUGGCGAAGGGGGAGCCCCCGAACUCGGACCUGCACCCCAUGCGAGUGCUCUUCCUCAUCCCCAAAAACAACCCGCCCACGCUGGAGGGCUCCUACAGUAAACCCUUCAAGGACUUUGUGGAGGCGUGUCUCAACAAGGACCCCCGAUUUAGGCCCACAGCUAAAGAGCUGUUGAAGCACAAGUUCAUCACGCGCUACACCAAGAAGACGUCCUUCCUAGCCGAGCUCAUCGACCGAUUCAGACGCUGGAAAUCAGAGGGACACGGAGACGAAUCCAGCUCCGAUGACUCAGACAUGGAUGGUGAGGGAGACGAUGGUGAGCAGUGUCCAAUGUGGACGUUCCCCACGGUACGACCCAGCUCUUUGAACAAACUACAGAGGGGACUGAAUCACGCAGACGCCAAGAUGGGAGACGCAGUUAAGAGGCAGCCCAAAUCCCCCUCACUAACCGCCCUUAUCAUCCCCAUCUUCAGAGAGUUAAAGGAAAAGCGCCGCGUGGGGGGCGCCAGCGUCGGUGCCCUAGAGGAGCUGGAAAACGCCUUCAACCUGGCAGAGGAGUCCUGCCCUGGCAUCUCAGACCACAUGCUCACACACAUGAUGGACAGGAUGCGCAGGUUUUCGCUGAACGGUAACACGGCCCCCUCCACGCGAUGAGACCCCACAGCAUCCGCCCCAGAAGAUACCCCCCCCACCCCUCUUAUCUUCCUCCUUUCCUCUCCAGUGAGAAAGGCCAUAUGGACAACUACCCCCAUCCUCCAUUCUCUGUUUUUGUCCUCCUACUCUGUCCACUGUCCUCCUCUACGCGUCCAUCAUUCAAACCAGCCAUGCGACCGACUGAGCAGUCACUCAACUGUACACAACCAUUUCAUUUUACCCUCAUCUCUACAUCCGUUCAGCAAACCAACCGUGCAAGCGACUGAACCCCCUUUCAUCACCCAUCUACCACUGAAGCAGACGCUCAAGCCUUUCCAUACCCACCCCCUCCAACCUCCAACAGUCUGCUCAUCCUAUAGUACCCAUCAGCCAUCCAUUUCAACUCUGGACCACCUUACCCCUUCCACAAACUGUCCCAACCAUACCACAAUCCAGCCCUCCAUCGUUCUAUUACCCAUGCAACUCUUUGAUCCAUACAAACUGAACCUACCAUACUGUACAGUCCUACCAACCAUGCAACCGACCCGGCCAGAGAACCACCUUCAACCAGCUACCCAAACCCAACCAGCCCCAUCCCCCUGACGCCACACAUCCAGAUUUUAAUUAGAGCUUACCAUGACAGGUGUGUUUUGUUUUUUUAAAAGAUCAUUUCCUUUAUAGAAUAAUGAAUGUCGAAAAGUAAAAAAAAAUAAAAUAAAAAAAAACACAAAAAGCUCUGUGUAUUUCAAAAAGAGGGAAGAAAGCAGCUGUGGCCGAAGCAGUGGUGAACCAUGUAUAUAUACCAUGUUGUCAACAUUAAACCGCACGCAUAUGUUCAAUCAAAACAACCUGGUUGUGCUCUUAUUUGUCACAGUUUGAAUCAGUUGAAUGUUGUGUCAUUGCCAGGGAUCAUGGGGUGCCUAGGUCACGUCCUUCUGGACGCACUUCCAAAUCAUGGGGCCUUAAAAAAUCAAAACUUUUGAAUGGGCCCUGCCGUGGCCUAACGAUAGGGCACUAGGUUACUACGCUGGCAACCCUGGUUCGAUUCCAGCCCGGGUCAUUUGCCAAUCCUUCCUCGUCUCUCUCCCCACUCGUCCUGAAGCAGACAACCACACCAUUGGUUAUUAUU